AUGGCUCGCACCAAGCAAACCGCCCGGAAGUCAACCGGUGGAAAGGCCCCCCGCAAGCAGCUGGCGACCAACGCUGCUCGCAAGAGUGCCCCGGCCACCGGUGGGGUCAAAAAGCCACACCGUUUCCGGCCGGGCACUGUCGCCCUGCGUGAAAUCCGUCGCUACCAGAAGUCCACCGAGCUGCUACUCCGCAAGCUUCCCUUUCAGCGUUUGGUCCGCGAAAUCGCCCAGGACUUUAAAACCGACCUGCGCUUCCAGAGCUCGGCCGUAAUGGCUCUGCAGGAAGCUUGCGAGGCAUAUCUGGUCGGUUUAUUCGAAGACACCAACCUGUGCGCCAUCCACGCGAAACGUGUCACCAUUAUGCCCAAGGACAUCCAGCUUGCUCGUCGGAUCCGUGGCGAGCGGUGA